CAUUACGGUGCUACCCAUAAUCAGAUUCAACAUGAAGGUCCUCGUCUUCGUCGCUAUUGCCUGCCUGCUGUCUGGAGCCAACGCUUCUGGCUUUGUCGAUACCCUCAAGGGUGUUGCAAGCAGCGUCGGUGACGUCUUCACCAACCUAUUCAAAGAUUUGAAGGCCCCACUGCAGACCGUUGCUGGCACACUCGUGGACAACCUGAAGACUGCGGGAACACAACUGUUGGCCACUGGAGCUCAGAGUCUCCUGGGAUCCCUGUCUCACGUUGGUGCCCCCGCCACCAGAGAUACCGAUCUCCUGAGUGGAGUCACCAAGUUCGUCCAGGAGGGAAAGUCUGUGGUCGCCAAGCUGUCCGAGACCCUCGGCUCCCUGUACCACUCCGCCAUGACCUCCCUCACCGACAUCGCACAGAGAAUCUCCAGCAUGGACUUCCUCAAGGAGCCCCUCGACAAGAUCCUCUCUGAGAUCAAGAGCGUUGUUGACCUCCACAGCCUCUUCCAGAACUCCCUUGUGGAGACCCUGAUCAAGAACCCAGGACAGUUCCUUAUCAAGGCUGCCGAAGGUCUCAUCAGCAAAGUUAGCCACAAGAGAUCCGCCCUCACCGACACCCUGUCCUCUGUCGGACAGCAGUUCGCCUCCCUCUUCAAGCCAGUUGUUGAUGCCGUCAAAGAGCACGUCGCCACCCUCGGCUCUACCCUGUCCUCCACCGCCACUGCUUUGUUCGGAGCUGUCAAGCCUACCCUUGACCAACUGAGCACACAACUCUCCGGACAUGUCCAGGCCCUGAAGGACAGCGCCGCCGAGCUGCUCGGACACGGACAGAAUGCCCUGAAGGCUCUCUCCGCUGCUGCUGGCGACAUCAUGGGACAAACCUUGACCAACAUGAAGCCCUCCCUGCAGAAGAUCCUCGACACCGGCAAGGAUGCCGUCCAGACUGUUGCCCACACCCUCAACUCCAACUAAAUAGUUCCCCUGUACAAUUCAAACCAAAUUAAACAACAAAGAACAAAA